GGGAGCGAGCCUGGCCGCCCGCCGGGCCUCAGAGACUGGUGCCCCGCGGCGGAGGUAGRGGGCGGUGAGAAGGGUACCUGGAGCAGGGAACCGGAAUUCGAACACCUGAACGAUCGUCUGCUCCCAGCCUGCUGGGGAGAGGGGUGUCUGCAAGGCUGUGACUGUGAGGACAACUGGGACCUUGCCCAUUCAGGGAUCCUUGCCCUCUAUCUGCCGAGCUGGGUCUACGGGGUGUCUCGUGGAGCCUGCUUCUGUCUAAACCCGCAGCCAGGACCGCAUCUAGGUGGGCGCCCUGCCAUCCUCGUCCCUCCCCCAGCUCUUGUCUUCAGGACUGCGUCCGUAGCCCGCGCACUGUCUACCCUGCCCCGGUUCUUAGUGGAGGCCGUGUCUAUGCCGAGUGGGCCCAGACGCGUGCACCCACGUGUGGAUCUCCGUGGAGCGCUCCUCCCACGGCCCUCCCGUUCCCAACAAGGCRACACAGAGGAUCCCCUGGACCGAGGCAAUGGAGGGCGGCCCAGCCGUGUGUUGCCAGGACCCACGAGCAGAGCUGGUAGAACGAGUAGCAGCCAUCGACGUGACCCACUUGGAAGAGACAGAUGGAGGCCCAGAGCCUGCCAGGAAUGGUGUGGACCCUCCGCUUCGGGCCAGAGCUGCCUCUGUGAUCCCUGGCAGUGCUUCAAGACCCCCUCAAGUGCGGCCCAGCCUCUCAGCUAGGAAGUUCUCCCUCCAGGAGCGGCCAGCAGGAAGCAGCCUGGAGGCCCAUCCUGGGCCUUAUGCCACAGGGCCUGCCAGCCACAUCUCUCCUCGAGCCUGGCGGAGGCCCACCAUUGAGUCCCACCAUGUGGCCAUCUCAGACACAGAGGACUGUGUGCAACUGAACCAGUACAAGCUGCAGAGUGAGAUUGGCAAGGGUGCCUAUGGCGUGGUGAGGCUGGCCUACAAUGAAAGUGAAGACAGACACUAUGCAAUGAAAGUUCUUUCUAAAAAGAAGUUACUGAAACAAUAUGGCUUUCCACGUCGCCCUCCCCCACGAGGGUCCCAGGCUGCCCAGGGAGGGCCAGCUAAGCAGCUUCUGCCCCUGGAGCGGGUGUACCAGGAGAUUGCUAUCCUGAAAAAGCUGGACCAUGUGAAUGUAGUCAAGCUGAUCGAGGUCCUGGAUGACCCAGCUGAGGACAAUCUCUACUUGGUGUUUGACCUCCUGAGAAAGGGGCCGGUCAUGGAAGUGCCCUGCGACAAACCCUUUCCGGAGGAGCAAGCUCGCCUCUAUCUGCGGGACAUCAUCCUGGGCCUCGAGUACUUGCACUACCAGAAGAUCGUCCACAGGGAUAUCAAGCCAUCCAACCUGCUCCUGGGAGAUGACGGGCAUGUGAAGAUUGCCGACUUUGGUGUCAGCAACCAGUUUGAGGGGAAUGAUGCUCAACUGUCCAGCACGGCGGGGACCCCAGCAUUCAUGGCCCCUGAAGCCAUUUCUGAUUCUGGCCAGAGUUUCAGUGGGAAGGCCUUGGACGUGUGGGCCACUGGGGUCACACUGUACUGCUUUGUGUAUGGGAAGUGCCCGUUCAUCGACGAUUACAUCCUGGCCCUGCACAGGAAGAUCAAGAAUGAGGCCGUGGUGUUUCCUGAGGAGCCAGAGGUCAGCGAGGAGCUCAAGGACCUAAUUCUGAAGAUGCUAGAUAAGAAUCCCGAAACAAGAAUUGGGGUUCCAGACAUCAAGUUGCACCCCUGGGUGACCAAGAACGGGAAGGAACCCCUUCCCUCAGAGGAGGAGCACUGCAGUAUGGUGGAGGUGACUGAGGAGGAGGUGAAAAACUCAGUGAAGCUCAUCCCUAGCUGGACCACAGUGAUUCUGGUUAAGUCUAUGCUGAGGAAACGAUCCUUUGGGAACCCCUUUGAGCCCCAAGCACGCAGAGAAGAGCGCUCCAUGUCUGCUCCGGGAAACUUACUGAUGAAAGAAGGGUGUGGUGAAGGGGGCAAAAGCCCGGAGCUCCCUGGUGUUCAAGAAGAUGAGGCUGCAUCCUGAGUUCCUGCAUGUGCCCAGGGCCACCAGGCAGCACGCUCAUCCCGCGCCUCCAGAGGCCCACCGCCCUUAUGCGACAGCCGCCCCUGCRGGCAGGGGGCUGGGGACUGUGGCCCCUUUCCCGGUCCCCCUCCCCCRUCGUGCUGCAUGACCUCCGCGCAUGCACGUCCAGGGACAGGAUUGGAAUGUGUAUCAUCCGGGGUUUGGGGGAGUAGGGGUCCCAUGGCGCCUUCCUUCUCGCCCUGGCUCUUCCUGGCCUAACCCAUCCUGUGAGGAAGCCAGGGGUCCAUGGAACCUCAGAAACCCUACCUGGCUGGUUGGCAAGGCCCAGGGCACGGGGCAGAAGACCAAGAUGGCAGGUGGAGGCCUGGCUUACUGCAGCUCAGGGACCUCCCACUAGGGGCUGGGCAGGCCUGGCUCAGCUGCCACAUCACAUGGAGGGAUGCGCCCCCACCACCUCGGGUGGGGGUGCUAGAGCUUCUGUCUACUCCCAAUACUGGUAUGGAGGCUCUGACCGCUUCAUGUAUGCCUAGGCCCCACUGGGGAGAGGCAGGUAUUGGAGAAUUCAAGAUUCUCUUUUUUUGUUACUUUUUAUUUUUUAUUUUAACUUGGGGGCCAGGGGAGUGGCGAAGUCACUGGGGAGCAUCUAAUGAGCUUUCCCACAUCCGUGGGUAUGUCCCAGCAUACCCACCAUUAUUUGGCAGUCAAGCAGCCUGGACUGACCUUUCUGGAUUGUUUUGUACUCAGCACAUCUGGAAAAUGGACUGAAUUGAGUCAAGCUCAGAGCAAAGGCCUGAACCAGGAGCAGCACAGCUUGUCUGCCCACCUCAUCCCCCCCCCAUGAUUCCCCAGAGCCAAGGCUGCAGAAGAGACACCGGGAAUGUCAUUGGCCAAGGGCCGUGGACUAGCACAUGCAGAAAUAACUGGAAUUCAAUCUGAUCCUACACUGGCUCAUCCAGAACAUUCCUACCAUGAAGGAUAAACCACCUGAAUUAGAGGUCUUGCUAGGUGAGGGACCCCAUAGGGGUGUGCACCGUGGCAGGCAGCCCCUGUGCCAACUGCCUCACUCCCAGGACAGUCACUGGGGUGUGCUGUGGACAUGCUGUGCUGGAGUAGGCUUCAUCUUCUCUCUGGGAUCUGAUACUGGCUGGCCAGCUUGAUGUUUACUGACCAAAUGCUCAGAGAGAUAGGCUCCUGAGGGGAAAUAAUGCAGGACUCAGAUUCUGCCCCUGAAAACAUGGGCCACGCAAGGAGUUUCAGCCACCUGUAUGGGUUUCCUAUUGUAAAAGGGCUCAUUUGGAGAAGGAGAGGGAGGCUGGGCAGAAGGAGGGCCUGCACCCUGCUGCAUYUCUGUGCCUGUGGUGUACGUUGCGCCUCCACGCACAUGCAUGUGCGUGCCCAUCUGCUGCACACAGCACAUACACGUCUUGCACCAAUACAUGCAUCUGUAAUAUAGUUUCUAUGUCUAUUUAAGGCUAGGAGCUGAAUGCAGCCCGUUGUCAAUGGGCCCACAUUUCUCCCUAGCUCCUCUGCAUUAAGGCAGUCAGUGUGACCUGGGGCUUAAAAAAAUAAUCCUGUACUAUCUUUAAGAACACUUUUAUAGAGUUAAUGGAGGCAAGUUGAAAGUCAAUCACUGAUCAACAGGUUUUCAAAAAAAUUUGGGGGGUCUGUGCUGGCACCUGGAGGGCCAGGGCUUCAGGAAGCUUCAUGGGUUGGACCCACCUGUGAAAAAGCUUAAAGGGGGCCCUUCAUUGCCCCAGGAGAGUGUGGAGGGAGUGCUCACCUGUUACUKAGGGUUUGGGUUGACAUCAUUGUUUUCAAAUGUAGCACAAAUGAACAGACUCCGUAAGAGUGUUUUAAAAAUUAACUUCCCAGGA